UGUCCUGCAGAUAGCAGCCUACAGUCUCCGGUACUCUUCUCAGUCAACCUCACGGAAUAUUUCCCUCCUGUCUGGGUGUCCAACCGAGCCGAAGCAGCCAAGCAGGAGUUUUCCCACAGCAGCAUCUGUGCUACAUUGUAGCUGAGGAAAUAUAUUCGGGUUUUUACGAGCAAAAAAUAAAUAAAAAAUAUCAAGAAAAUGACACAUUUUAAUAAGGGGCCAGCCUACGGAUUAUCUGCUGAAGUGAGAAGCAAAAUUGCUCAGAAAUAUGACACACAAAAGGAGGAGGAACUCCGUUUCUGGAUUGAGGAGGUGACAGGAAUGUCUAUCGGAGAGAACUUCCAGAAAGGCUUGAAGGAUGGAGUCAUCCUCUGCGAACUGAUCAAUAAGCUGCAACCUGGUUCGGUAAAGAAAAUCAACCUUUCCCAGCUCAACUGGCACAAGCUGGAAAACCUUGGGAAUUUCAUCAAAGCUAUCCUGGCCUUUGGCCUAAAGCCCAAUGACAUCUUUGAGGCCAAUGACCUGUUUGAAAAUGGGAACAUGACUCAAGUCCAGACCACACUGCUCGCACUGGCCAGCAUGGGAAAGACCAAAGGUAUGGACUCAAAGAUUGACAUCGGGGUGAAAUAUGCAGACAAACAGGCUCGACAUUUCGACGAUGAGAAGAUCAAGGCCGGUCAGUGUGUCAUUGGACUGCAGAUGGGGACAAACAAGUGUGCGAGUCAGGCUGGAAUGACUGCCUACGGAACCCGAAGACAUCUGUAUGAUCCAAAGACUCAGUCUGACAAACCCUACGACCAGACCACCAUCAGCCUGCAGAUGGGAACCAACAAAGGAGCCAGCCAGGCGGGCAUGUCAGCCCCCGGUACCCGCAGAGACAUCUAUGACCAGAAGGUGGUGCAGCAGCCGCUGGACAACUCCACCAUCUCCCUCCAGAUGGGCACCAACAAGGUGGCGUCUCAGCGGGGCAUGAGUGUGUACGGCCUGGGGCGGCAGGUCUACGACCCCAAGUACUGCGCCCCGCCGACGGAGCCGGUCAUCCACGCCAACGGCAGCCAGGGCACCGGCACCAACGGCUCGGAGAUCAGCGACAGUGACUAUCAGGCCGAGUUCCCGGAGGACGAGUACCACGGAGGCUACCAUGACGACUACAGCGCCCAUUACAAUGAUCAGGGCAUUGACUAUUAGCGGAGACCCCCCACCCCCCUCCAGAUCAGUAUUACCUUAGUGUACUCUUAUCAACUACGCAACAGAGCAAGUCUUUUGCUAUCCUCACUAGUCUUUUUCUUCUCUCCGAGCAUACGAUGAAUUGUUGCCUUGAGUGCUUUUCCUUCUUCACCUAGACUCUUUAAUCUGAGCAGCAAAGGGUUGUGAGAAGCGGUAGUGGCAUAGAAUAAUGAGAUACAGUGCUGAUAAAUGUUUUUACGGCAUUGUUUUUUUUUUUAAUACCCCACUUUUUAAAUGUGUUUUAAUGAUGGAACACUGAAGUAGUGAUAACUCUGUGGACCGAUGGCGUAGCAUCAGGUGAAGCUGCUGCAUUCCAGUGUUUGCAUUCCACGACUGAAACUGGGCUGACGAUCCACUCGAAGAGAAUUCAACAAUAGGCUGAUCUCGGACACGCACACAGAAUGCACAUACAGAGAUUCACCUGACGCCACUUUUCAAGGCAAUCCAAUAGAGUAGAAUGAUCAAACUCUUAAAAUGUUUGACAUUAAUUAGGGCUGCCCCCUCUUAGUCGAUUAGUCGACUCAUCGUUUUGGUCUUAGUCGACUAAGAUUUCUUUAGUCCGUUAGUCAUGUUUUCAUGCUGAAUGACUUCUUUCCAAGAAACUUCGAGCACGUCGCUGGUAAACCGAAGAAAGAUUUUAAAACAAUGUUUUAGCAUGGUUCUUCCGUCAGUCAACAAAAUCACGAGUGCUAAGCCCAGUUCAGACCAAAGAUUUGCGACGAGACGAAACCGUUUUAGAACAUCGUAGACAAAAGCGGUCUGAACCGGCCCGUCCCAGCUGGACUCCAACCAGCUGAUGGUGUGGCUGCGACUCAGCUGGUGGAGUCUCCAGAGGCUGGUUUUACAACGUCAGAGACGUCGCCUGUUUCAACAGCCAAUAGAGAAGUCAUCUUGUAAAGUCAGCUACAAUAAAAUAAUCCAUAAUCCACGUUAUUUCUGUUACAAACUGUUAACAGAGGCUCAGCGACCGAGAGAAGGAGAGGGAGCGCCUCGGACAAAGCCCUGAAUCAGAGAAAGAAAACGUGUUUUCACCGAUUCAUCACUAGAAAUGUAACUGUAGCAAGCAUCUCACUAUCACUAACGUUAUCCACAUUCAAAUUUAGAUGCAACAAAUGAAAUAUUCAGCUUUAAAAUGCCUGGAAGUCGGAAGUUAGGACGGAGGUACAAAGAGCCGUUGCUAUGGAGAUGAUACCCCGUCCCGUCUCGUCUCAUUGGUGUAAACUGGCAGCUUUCAGAACGCUGCAGACCGACGUGCUGCAAGCAGUUGCAAGUUUACACUCGUCUCGUCGCAAAUCUUUGGUCUGAGCUGGACUUUAGUUGACUAAGAAUUCCUUUAAUCGAGCACAGCCCUACUGAUCUCUCCUCUGUGUUCCGUCUGUAUUCAACCACAGUUUUUGAUACUGGUAUUCCUUUUUUUUUUAACUACAUUUAAUCACUAGAUAGUGUUUUUAUUUUUUAAAUGAUGAGCGGCUGGUGGCUGUUCGGAUAGUGCAGAUGACCAAACCCAAGCUGACUCUAUUUUACAGUCACACUUUGUUCUAUUACAUGACUAUAUUUUCAUAUUAUUCCCCCUUUGUAUUCCCAAACUGUAUUUAUUGCAAUGUCUCUCAUUGUAAAACAGUCCACUGUUAUAUUGGUCGUAAAGAAAUGAUAUGUUAUAAAUAAAGCCUUAAAUUCUUCAA